UAAAUUUUUGGGGAUAUGAGAACAUCCGUUGUUUUUAUUUUAUUAUUAUUGGCUUUAGCAACCACAAAAAGAGUUGAAAUACACAAGAAGGCUGAAACAAAGUACAUUCAUGUAACAAUAUAUUAUAUAUAAUCAACAGAAAGAUGUGAAAUAAAAUGAAGAAUUGUCUUAUGGAACUUCCUUAUUAACCCCAGAGGAAUAAAAGAAAGCAGAUGAUGCUAAAAAAGCAGAAGAAGCAAAGAAGGCUGAGGAAGCAAAGAAAGCAGAAGAGGCAAAGAAGGCUGAAGAAGCAAAGAAAGCUGAAGAGGCUAAGAAAGCUGAAGAGGCCAAGAAAGCUGAAGAGGCAAAGAAGGCUGAAGAGGCAAAGAAAGCUGAAGAAGCAAAGAAGGCUGAAGAGGCUAAGAAAGCUCAAGAAGCCAAAAAGGCAGAAGAUGCUAAGAAAGCCGAAGAAGCAAAAAAGGCUGAAGAUGCCAAGAAGGCUGAGGAAGCUAAGAAAAAAGAGGAAGAAUAAAAAAAAAACUAAGAUGGAAAAAGUUAGGGCUCUAAUAAUGGAAACAAUGGAAAUGAUGGAGAGGAAAAUGAAAAAGAAAAAAACAAAAGAGCCGAAUAUUAAGAAUGUCUCAAGGAUGAAUGUGCAUAAUAUUUUAAAGAUUGCAACGAAGAUUGUGUCGACAGAUUGAAAAGCUGUAAAUAGAAAGCUAUAUAUGAAGGACUUGAUGCUGUAAAAUAUGGUUUUAAUUGUAGUAUAAUCAAUGUGUAAAAAAUAACGAAAAGGCCAAUUCUUUAAUAAAAUGCAUUCAGACUAAUUGUUAAGAGUGA